AAAAAAAAAAAAAUUAAAAUCAACCGAAAAAGCCUUACGAAACAUUAUUUCUCAAUAGAGUGUAGAAAAAAAAAAACGAAAAACAAAUAAACAAACAAAUUAUGGACGGUUCCGAAUCAACAAAGACCCCAGCGAACGUGACAAAUAUGGCGGACGACCAAGGGGGAGGAGUCACAGUUCAUCCUACACCGACCGCCGCCAACCUGACCCUCGAAGCCACAGCGUCUCCGUCAGCGCCUUCAGUUGACGACGGGACUUGGGUGACAGUGGUGGUUGUGGCGGCCCUUUUGGUGGUCGUGAUGACGCUAAUGGCUCUGACCUCGGUGUGGGUGGCCAAAGAAAUGUGGAAAAGGAAGCGACGGUGUCCUCGCCCUCAAGAAGACGAUGAAGCUCUCGGACUGCUCGAGGAAGGGCGUGGAAGCCCCAGGACCCGGGAGACUCGCCCCCCUGAGUGAGAGCGAGAAACUCUACCUGCUGUGCCGUCUGAGGGACUUCUACUAG